AUGACGGCUAUUCCUCCGACGGCUUCAGGUUCUUCGGCUCCUAUCCCGGAGUUACUUGAGGCCGAGCAGAAUCGGUCAUUGGCGAUGUUGACGGCUUUUAAGCGGUUCAACCCUUCGACGUUCAAGGGUGAUGUGAAGGACCCUUGGUUAAUGGAGGCAUGGCUUUCAGCGAUGGAGGCAUUGUUCGAGGAUAUCUACACCCUCGAGAAGGAUAAAGUACGCUUGGCGGCUCACUGUUUAGAGGGUUCGGCUCGGGCGUGGUGGACACGAGUAAAGAACGGACGAUCUUUGGAUCCUGCUUCCAUGACUUGGGAGGCAUUUCGGGAGUUGUUGCUUAUGGAGUACUUCUCAGAAAGCGACAAGCGGAAGAUCAAGGAGGACUUUUGCAAGUUAAGGCAAGGAAACCGAACGGUGUGGGAGUACGAAAGGGAGUUCUCGCACAUGGUUAAUUGCGUUCCGGGCUUGGUUCAUGGAGACCGGGACCGAGCGGUGGUCUUCGAGUGCGGAUUGCGGCUGAAAAUAUUCAAGAUUUUUCAUGCGCUCCGGCUGAAGACCUUUGAGGACGUGUUGGAUCGCGCGCUAUGGGUAGAGCACGGCAACACCAUUGCGCGCGAGAAACGCGAGGCGUAUGAAAGAGACAAAGACAAGGAGAAGUCCAAGAAGCGACCGGCUGGUGGUUCCGCGGGGCAAUCGAGUUCUAAGCUACACCCUCGGUAA